AUGGGGUGUACUUGGGAGAACCAAUGGAUGGCAUCAUGGUACUGUAGGUCUGGGUGGGCGGAACCAGUGGCUCUCUUUGUAAACGUGAGGAAGUCGCACGCAACGCAGGGUAGGAUCGCAAGGGUGCCUGGCAACGAGUUUGGCUGUGGGUGUGCACACCUAGCCAAGAAAUUUGUAAUUCAGUCUCAAUCGCGAUCUUUGCUCGUUGUGACGCACUCCCGUCGCAUUAGGGUUACUCCCUCUGUCGCCUACGCUCAUCCCUCCCGUCGCGUAAUCAUAUUCCCCCCCGUGGCCCACGCUCACUCCCCUCCCGUCGCCUUCGCUCUUUCCCCUCCAUCGUCCCACGCUCACUCCCUCGCGUCGUCUUCGCUCAUUCCCCCCCGUCGCCCAUGCUCACUCCCUACCGUCGUGUUCGCACACUCCCCUUCCGCCGCCCACGCUCACUCCCUCCCGUCGCGCUCGCUCACUCCCCUUCCGCCGCCCACGCGCACUCCGUCCCGUCGCGUUCGUCCACUCCCCUUCCACCGCCCACGCUCACUCCCCUCCCGUCGCGACUGUCCCCUCCGUCGCACACGCUCAUUCCUCUCAAACGCCCAUCUUCACUCCCCUCCGUCGCCCACGCUCACUCUCUCCCGUCGCCCACGCUCACUCCGACGGGAAGCACGCUCAUUUUCCAUCCGUCGCCCAUGCUCACUGCCUGUACGUCGCACACGCUCACUCCCCUCCGUCGCCCACGCUCACCCCCCUCCCGUCGCCUUCGCUCACUCCCCUUCCGCCGCCCACGCUCGCUCCCUCCCGUCGCGUUCGGCCCCAUCCGUCGCCCACGCUCACUCCCCUGCCGUCGCCCAUCCGCCUCACCCCAUAUCCACCCCACCCCAUCUCCGCCUCACCCCAUCUCCGCCUCACCCCAUCUCCGCCUCACCCCAUCUCCGCCUCACCCCAUCUCCGCCUCACCCCAUCUCCGCCUCACCCCAUCUCCUCCUCACCCCAGCUCCGUCCGCGCGCACUCCCUCCCGUCGCGCGCGCGAAAACUCCCCUUCCGCCGCCCACGUUCUCUCCCUCCCGCCCGCAUUCACUCACCCCCCUCGCUCGGCCACGCGAUUUCCCUCUUGUCGCCCACGCUCACACCACCCCGCUGCACACACUCUCCCCCCAUCCGUCGCCCACGCUCACUGCCCGUACUCCGCACACGCUCACUUCCCUCCGUCGCCCACGCUCACCACCUGCCCCGCCUUCCUCUCUCCCCCCUCCGUCCCCUCCCCCCCUCCCUUCCCCCCCCCAUCCCUUCCCUCCCCAUCCCUUCCCUCCCCAUCCCUUCCCUCCCCAUCCCUUCCCUCCCCAUCCCUUCCCUCCCCAUCCCUUCCCCCCCCCUCCCCAUCCCUUCCCUCCCCAUCCCUUCCCUCCCCAUCCCUCCUCUCCCCGUCCCCUCCUCUCCCCGUUCCCUCCUCUCCCCAUCCCCGCCUCCCCAUCCCCGCCUCCCCAUCCCUUCCCUCUCCAUCCCCCAUCUCCCCAUCCCUCACCUCCCAGUCUCUCAUCUUACCAUUCCUCUUCUACCCAUCCCUCACCUCCCCAUCCCCGUUCCGCCCCAAACCCAUCCCUCCUCACCUUUCCCCAUCCCUCCUCUCCCCAUCCGUCCUUUCCCCAUCCGUCCUCCUCACCCCAUCUCCUCCUCACCCCAUCUCCUCACCCCAUCCCCUCAUCACCCCAUCUCCUCCUCAUCUUCUCGACGACGGGGGAAGCGAGGGCGACGGGCAAGGGAAGCGAGGUCGACGGGAUGGGAGAAGCGAGGGCGGGCGGAGGAAGCGAGGGCGACGGGCCGGGGGUGGCGAGGGCGACGGGCGAGGCGAGGGCGGUGGGCGGAGAGAGCAAGGGCGACAGUCGAGGGUCGCGAGGUCGGCAAAGUGCUAA